GCCGUGUCCGCAGCACCAUGGGCUCCUCCAGCUCCGACCUGUCCGGGAUCCCGGAGGCCGAGCAGCUCAUGCAGGAAACUGGAUUCUCUCCCGCCCACAUCAUCCGGCUGUACGACAGGUUCGAGUUUCUGGACAAGGAGGGCAGUGGACAGCUGAGGCUUGAAGACUUUGCAGAGGUGAAGGAGUUGGCCAUGAACCCGAUCGGAGACAGAAUCAUCGGUGCCUUUUUCUCUCCAGGACAGGAAACGGUGGACUUUCCCUCCUUCGUCCGGAUUCUGGCUCAUUUCCGUCCCACUGACAAGAACCGAGCCAAAGACUCGACCCAGCCGGAGCCGGUCAACAGCAGGACCAGCAAACUCAAAUUCGCCUUCCAGUUGUACGACCAGGACCGAGAUGGGAAGAUUUCCAGAGCAGAGCUUCUUCAGGUGCUGCGGGAGAUGCUGGGGAUGCAGGUGACCGAGGAGCAGCUGGAGUCCAUCGCCGACCGCGCCAUACAGGAGGCCGACCUGGAUAGAGACGACGCCAUCUCCUUCGAGGAGUUCAGGAAGUCGCUGGAGAAAGUGAACAUCGAGCACAAGAUGAGUAUUCGCUUCCUGAGAUAAGGAACCGUCCUGCCCUGCAAGUUGAUCAGCAAGAGGAGAAGAGAAGAUCACUCUCUCUAAAAGCCUGUUCGAGGAGGGAACAGGUAAAACAAGCACAGGUGAUAACAAGUAAUGCACAGUGAUGCAUUUUACACUCGACUGAUAUAUGUCUUAAUUCGAUAUGAAACACGCUGCCUGAGCUGCACAGAGGGAAGAACAGGAACUUUGGUUUUCCACAUCAGCAGCACUGAAACCCUUCCAGCCCCAGUGAAGAGCCUCCUCCCAGCUCACAUGUCUGUUUAAUGCAUUUGCACUGAUCUGGGGAGAUUUCUCCAGAGGAAACAUGAUGGAGGCUCCCAGGCCGCCACGAGAGCCGAUGCAGCUGCUAAUGCCUUUUUAUAACGCACUUGUUUUAUUUUAAGGGAAUUAUCAGCAUCUCCGCCUGUGCACUUUUUAAAUGUGUAACCAGAGUCCAGUGCCUCAGUUUACUUUCACUGAAGCACUCAGCCGACCUGCAAGUAUUCCUGCAUGUUUGUUUUAACCCUCCUGUCAUACCAGUUGGGUGGGGCUUACUACAUGGGUGGCUGUAAAACAGUAACCAGUGCUCAAACCAUAAUAACUUCAUCCUGUCUCAUUCCCAUUUACAUGAUUGAACCCAUUUUAAAGUCACAAUGGGUUACUAGGGAGAGAAAUGCAAUUUGAUUCAAUGGGAUUGGUGUGACUGUUCAAAAAUGUGAUGUUG